AUGUCUCCUAACGUGACUUGUGAUGCAAUGGCAUCCCCUUCUCAGAGGCCCACCGUGGCCAAAAGGAAAGAAGCUUUUGAGCUCAGAAAGACUAUGAAACCUUUGGUGGAAAAAAGAAGGCGCGCUCGCAUUAAUGACAGCCUGAACCACUUGAAAGAGUUGAUUCUUCCUCUCACUGGCAGAGAUAAGAGUCGGUACUCCAAGUUGGAAAAAGCAGACAUUCUGGAGAUGACUGUGAGGUUCCUCAGUGACAUUCCCCCUGUCCAAAAUAAAAAUUCCACAGACAGUUACAAAGAGGGCUACAAAGCUUGUCUCCAACGCGCGUCUGCUCUCCUUCCCAACUGCAGCUUGCAGCGGGACGCCUGCAAGCAGGUGGCCGACUUCAUCCAACGAUCCUCGGCGGCAACAAGCAAUCGGCAGUGUCUCAAAUGCUGCAGCCAGAACCCAACGGCUUUCCCGCACAUCCAGCAGAGGCUCCUCAGCCUCAAAUCCAGUUUGGGUCACAAACCUGACGGAACGCUGUCUCACGGCAGAUCUGUGUCUGCUCCACAGCACGACAGCGUCACCAUGUGGAGACCGUGGUAG